AUGGCCAUCCUCAACUUCACCCUCAGCGAGGAUGCCGUCGCUGCCUUCCGCGACGUCCUUACUUGUCUGAACAAGUUUAGCGAUGAGGUCUCUCUGGAAGCUAAGAAGGACCAGACCCCUGACGCAGUACAGCUGGUUCUAUCCACCCUCAACUCUUCAAAAUCCGCAUACGCCUGCUUUACCCUCACCACGGCGCGCUUCUGCUCCCGCUACCAGUUCGAAGGCAGCGCCCAGUAUCGCGACAAGUUUCACUGCAAGCUCUACACUCGUGCUCUCAUUUCGAUCUUCCGCAGCCGCUCCGCGGGUGACCCCUUGCGUGACCGUGAGAGGGAAAGCUCCAUCGACCACUGCGACGUGGCCAUUCAGGACGGCCCCGGUAUCAAAAGCCGCUUCAUCGUGAGGCUGUAUUUCAGAAACGGCAUUACUUCUACGCAUUACCUGUCUUUCGAGGUCACGGUGCCGGUCCGCGCAACGUUUGACAAGAAUGAGGCGGUAAAUCACUGGAAGAUCCCCUCACGGACCUUGAGGCAGCUGAUGGAUCACUUUGGUCCCGGGAUUGAUUACUUGGAGGUUAAUUCUGAUGGGGAGCACGUCAAUUUCGUUGGCACCACAGAAAAGACUACCAACGGAGAUGAGGUCCUCAAGAAACCUCUGCAUACAUCAAUCGCCAUUGAGGUUGACGAGUUUGAAGACAUAGAGGUCGAGGAGAAGCUCCGCAUCGUCGUCAGCGUCAAGGAUUUCAGAGCCAUCAUCCUGCACGCCGGUAUUACCGGCACCCAUCUCUCCGCCAAGUACUCCACGCCCGCACGCCCGAUCCAGUUCGCGUACCAAGGCGACGGCAUCAACUGCGAGUUCCUCCUCAUGACGGUAGGCGAGAGAGGAAACCCCAGCCAGAAGACGAAGAAGGGCAAGGCCAAUAACAAGGCAGCCCCGAGACAGCAGCAGCUCGAGGCCGCUGCUGGGUCUAGAAGACAGAGCGCCGCGCCGUCCGAGCCACCCGAGAAACCUGCCACGCAAGCCAUGCCACCGCCGCCGGCAGCGUCUGCUGCUAGGAGCGGCGCCGCGAGGACAUCUCUGUUUGAUUUGCGUCCAUCCCAGCGACCGCCUCCCGCUACUAUGCGUUCCGAGGGCCUCUUCGUGGAUAAUGACCAGGAAUGGGAGCCUAUGAGGGAUGAAGACGACGAAGAAGCGGAGGAGGAGGCCAGACUGGAGUGGGAUCACAGCAACCAACCUGUGAGUCCUCGAGACUAUCCUGGCUUCAUGAACCAUAUGCUAACCUGUGCCUGCCAGAACACCUCUUCCAUGCACCUUGGCCGCUCCGUUGCCGAACAAAACGGCGAGAUCAAUCCAACGCCAGCCAGCAGCUUUGGGCUGGCACCCACGCAGCCUCUUUCAGAUGUGAAACGCCUAGGCUUGUUUUAUCGGGAGUAG